GCCGAUCCGGUACGCAACAGCUUAACCAUCAGGCUCGUCUCGUGCAUUUCAUGCUUCCUCGCCGGUCAGGAAUAGGAAUCACCAAUUGCGACAACUCUCUCGGACAAAAGGCGGCAGUCACCACCGGCAAAUAAUACCAGCGAAAUCCAAUACAUACCAGCAAUUCGCAAAGAGGAUAUCAUGGUAGAGUGGCUGGCGGCCUCUUAUUAGUGGUCAGUGACAGCGACAGUCCGCGACUGAAGACAUCGACAGGAACGGGGCGGGAUAGACGGGGCCCUCUCAAAUACUUUGGCGACCCAUUAUUUCCAACAGUGCCGACGAUUGAGAUUCGAGGCCCCUUGGGGCCGUAUUCCUACGAUGGCGCUCAGCCCUCUGCAGUCGCGCCUGGCGGCGUCCCUUGUCGCCUCGUGUCUGCUGCUCCUGCUCUACUUGAUCCUGUCACCGCCCAACUUCGCCCUUGCUGCCGAGUUACCAGAGGCAUGGCCCGUCGUGCUCGAUGGAGGCGACCUCCGAACGGCCCCCGCGGCGCGUGGCCUGCCCGAUCCGACAUAUGAGCCCGAGUUCUCCCCUUUCGACAGGAGCAUUAUUGGCAGAGCACCGCCAGGUUUUACGUCGCUUACCAACAAUGAGCCCAUGCCCAUGAAUGUGGAUGAGGGGGCGACACAACGAUUCGUGUUUGUGCUCCCCGGAGUAUCCGGACGACAGACAGUGGAGGACCGGUUGGAGCUGCGGGACGAGCCUCCUGUGUCUACGGACCAGAGUGGUGGCGCUGGCGUUGGCGCGGCGGAACAUCAAGAACAAGAACAGGACAUUGUCAGGAGGCAAGCGUCCGAGACGGUGUACAUAUCGGCGAAUACCUGCCAGCAGCCACAACCCGUGGACCCCUCCAAAACGACCAUGGAUCCUCCCCAACUCACGCUAUACGUCUCGACUUCGGCGGAGAACCAGGCUCCCGGCCCUCUCGCAGAUCCUGGCUCCCAGGCAAUGAUCGUGUUUACUGAGGGCGCCGCUACGUACAGUCUAACCACCAACAGGGAGGUAUACAUUGCCGUGCACGCAUCGAACGUGUCGGAUGUUUUCUCCGGAAUAUACAAUUUCAGAGUUGUGGCCUCGACAGACCGUUACUACUACAGCUACAAUGCCCAGGAGGGUGCCGACCUGAUCUGGGUUAGUGACUCGCAGGGUGCGCUGCUGACCACGCACGAUCUGCCGAACAAUACGGACACGGAACCAUAUGUGUUGUUUGCACAUAACAAGAACGAUCGAGCCAUCAACGGACUCAGGUACUCGUACUGCGGGCUGCAGAACUAUGCCCAGAUUGCGACCACGCGGAAUGCAGACAUGGUCCGGACGAGCAUGACAAGGAGGGGGGGUGGCAACCGUCCGAAGCAGCAGUUCCUUUUCAGCGGCCUCAACUCGAGCGCCGAGUAUGUUGGCAUCUUGGCGACGGACGGCAGCAGGCUAGGUAAGAGGCAGACCACCGGCACAGCAACAACCGUCGUCUUCAACGCAACGAGCUUUAGCACAAAAUCCGGCCACGGCAACUGCCGCCUGAUCGUCGACCUCUCCUUCUGCGACCAGGUUGCCUAUUCCGUGCCGAGCAACCCGACGACUUUCGGCAACUCGACCCAGCUCGCCCAGUUCUACGACAACUUCGCCGCGACCAUGUACGCCAACUUCGACAAAUCCCUCGCCCAAAUCGCCUGCGAGGCGCCGUCUAGCCAGCGCUACUCGCUCGCGCGGAACUGCAGCGACUGCGCAACGGCCUACAAGGACUGGCUCUGCUCCGUGACCAUCCCCCGCUGCGAGGACUUCUCCAACAACGCCUCCUACCUCCAGCCGCGCGCCAUCAGCCAGCCCUUCCCCGAUGGCAAGCCGCUGGACGCGGCGACCCUGGCCGCGCUGAACUUGCCGAAUACCACGGCGUUUAACUCGAGCCGGAACCCGCGCAUCGAUGAGGUCAUUCGCCCCGGUCCCUACAAGGAACUGCUGCCGUGCGACGACCUGUGUUACAAGUUAGUGCAGAACUGCCCCGCCGCGUUGGGGUUCGCAUGUCCGUUGCCGGGUCAGAUCGGGUUUGACGGCCACUAUGCGCGCCAUGACCCGUCCAGCGGGCUGACGUGUAAUUCCCCGGGGUCAGCGAAUUUUCGUUCGGAGAGUCAGAGGGCGGUGAUGAGUUGGGGGUUGUUGCUCGUGGCGGGAGCCGUGGGUUUGUUUUUAAUCUGAGCUUAUCUCUAAUGGACGGGUAGGGGUAUCAGGGCUGGCGUUGGGUGUCUUCUUCUGGGUUUAGGUAGCAUUGGUGGCUGAGGCUGUCUUAGAACAAGGGCAUAGGUAGCAUGUAUUUGGGUUCGAAAUACCGGUGUCAGGUGGCGUCACUGAUGAUGGGCGGGCCCUAGGAAAUCGGGUAGAUUUGGUUGCCUAUUUCAUAGGUACUUGCUCGGAGCUUUGUAGGUUGCCCGAAUAUGUCGAGAUAUGGGUUGACUU